GCAAAAGCAAGAGGAACUAAUGUUGAGUCGGCGCCAAAGGAUACUUUCAUCUAUCUCCCACUACAUCCCAUUGCACAUUGUCCUGAAUCGACCAACAGGGGUGUCCUUUUCUAUUACAGCCCUAAAAUCCAUAACGAUCGAACGGUUGGCCCGUCAGAUCGAAGCGGAAUAUGCAUUUUUGAUUGAACGAGAAGUAGGCCAUUCUCAUUUUCCAGUGAUAGAGUGUGGUGCGUUAUUUGAUCACAUUGAGUCACCUUUGCCAUCAUCAUUUCCAUCACCAUCACGAAGAAGAAGAAGGAGUGGAAGUGCAAGAAAAGGGAGGCUAACAAGUCAAGAAGGAAGGGUGACGGAGGAUGGAGAGGACUAUGGAGGCUACGAAGACAGUGUGGACAACAAUGAAUUAUAUGAGACGGAUGAACGAGAAGAAGCCGAGUCCCGAGGAGUGCAACUCAGGUUCACAGACAAGAUAGAGGAUGUAUUGGAUAGGAACAGUACUGUUCAUGUUGUAAACAUUGAUCAAGGCCUUGGAUUGGGACGCAAGCUAUCACUAAGAGAUCUCAUUUUGGCCGUUCAUCAAGAAACCGCUACAGAUCAGAGCCUCACACAGCCGCAUCCUCCUGCUCCUUCUAUCUCUUCUACACCAUCAUUGAUAUCGUCGUCUCUAUCUCAUUUUAACACUCAAAACACCAACAAUACCUCGGCAUCUUCAUCUCCUCUAAACAUCGAUCUACACCCUUAUACUACCACUACCGUCACUGCCAUCACUACUGCCUCUCACAGAAGUAAAUCCGGGAUAACUUCAAACCGAUCAGCAGUCCCUGUCAUAGGGGCCUCAACGUCUUCUACUCAAAUCUUGUCAGAGUCUCCAAAAGACUAUAUCAGUUAUUCAACAAACAUCUCUCGUUUGGAUCCUCAAUCGUUAGACUCGCCGAUGGCACUCAGAACAACACAUCAGGCGUUUAAUAUUGGCUUACAACCAGGAUUGGAUACGAGGGCGUCAACUGAAACCACUGAUACAAUCAUCACCUUGCUCACAUCGCCCUGCGUCCCUUCGAUACCCCUAUCUCCCAGGCAAGUAGCGGCGACGGCAGGCUCCAAGGACACUAUGGAAGGACCUUCAUCACCACUCAUACCAUCUCUCCCACCAGUAGUUCCUCCUAAAGACAACAAGCGUAUUGAUUAUGAUUCAUGGCAUCGAGCGUCAGAGUACUCAAGUAAAACUGACGUGACGACUACGCCAAAUUGUGGCGAUCAAAAACAUAAACACAGCAAUAGUAGUAACCACAACAGCAACAAUACAUUUCGACCCUUAACUCGCCCAUACUCGCGGCCUCGAGGCACAGGCAUCCUAUUGAAUCUUGAAUCGUCCUUAAACGAUACACUGUUUCAAGAGAUACUGCAUAACAAGAUUGCACUUGAUCACUUCCGUCAGUUUUGUUUCCAAGAAUAUUCGAUUGAGAAUCUACUUUUUUGGAUGGAUGUGGAGCUAUUUGCAAAACCAAGCCUAGAACUGUUAGAAAUGGACCGGAAGAGGAGGAGGAUAGAUGAACAGCAGAAACAACUACUGCAACGAGAAAACCGAGGCGUUCAAGGUGCUGACAUAGCCCUGAAAGAAGAUAAUCCUUGCACCGUAGAUGAAAAUAAUGAAAAUAACAAUGGUGAUGACGAUAGUGAGGGAUGGCAAGCAGAAGCAGGGCAUUUUGCAGUGCAACAUGCUCGGUACAUUUACUUGACUUAUAUUGAUUCAUGCGGUCCACUCCAAGUUAACCUGAGCGACGAGAGUCGGUCAGAUAUUCCAUGGCCGAUCUUGGAUUAUCAGCCAUCUCAAUCAUAUGACAUUAACAAAUCCGCCAAGGGCCAUAAGACAAAGCAUCACGUAAAAGAUGAAAGCGACGACGUUGAAGAAAACGAGGUCAUUGGGUGGCCUGUAGACCGCCACAUGUUUGAUAGCGCACAGGAGCACACGUAUCAAUUGAUGAAAGGCCAUACUCUUGUCCGUUUUGAAGAGAGCGCUCUAUGGAAAAUGGUCGAGAAGAUCAAGAGAGAACAGCCAGAUGUGUAUGCGAAGGCAAGUAUCCCAGGGCCUCUUAACUCAUGCUACCGCCCUGACCCCUCUGUCAUCCUCUCGACUGUCUCUCGUUCAAAAUCACGUCGACCCACUGCAAACCCUGCAACCCUAUAUAACUGGAAUAACUCAACAUCUGAUCUUGAUCGGUGGCGAGAUAAAGAAGAGGCCCUUGCUUUAACGAUGAGUCAAUAUUUUGGCCCUAUUCCUGCAUCAAUUCUUCGCCCUGGAACAGUGAUCCUGGGCCUAGGAAGAGACGAAGAUGGCGAUUUGGAAAAUGAACUAGAUGACUUUGAUGUCUGCGAGGAGCUGGCUCAUGGUCAUGGUCAUGUUCCUUCGGUCGGGUAUGGAUCAAGCGGCUGCCGCAGCAGCUUUAGUAAAUCACUAGGUGCAAAGAGGAGCAGGUUUGCAAAGCGACUCGGUGGCCAUCGCCCCAAUAGGCGCAGCAAGGACUUAUGGAAUGCGGAUGAUGAGUCAACAGAUAUCUACAACAACGAUGCUACUACCGGAAUCGACGCUAUUGAAAAUGGCAGGCGUACAACCCGCUGGAUGGUGGCAGGGUAUUUUAACGAUCAGUACCGGCUUACGGCUGCACAGAGGAAGAGACUUUUGAGAAGGAAUAAUAAGUUGACCAAGUUCUUUGGAACUCGCGUAGAUGGAGCAUUGCGGCCUGCUGAAUUUUCGGAAGAUGCACAGAAAACUAUUAUAUCUGAAUCUGCCUCUGCAUUUACGUUUGAUCAACAUGGGCGUGGGCCAAGCGGAGCAGAUCUGGCAUCAUUAUUUUCAGGGCCACCGCCUCACUUGACUUAUGCGCUAUCAUCUUCAACGAUCCAUGACAUGAGCAAGGGCAAAGCUAAAAAGAGCAUUGGUAGAAAAAGCAAACACACCAUGGCGAAAAGGAAUGCCCUGGAGACCAAUGGAGCCAGCCGUAGUGAAGUGCUGUUGCUUCUUCCUGGAGCAGGUGGUCAUAAAGCUACCAAUAGAGGCAACAUUAGAACUAACCGGUCGAAGUCCGCGGCCAUCCUGCAAAUGUUCAAGAAGGCUACGAGCGAUUUAGGAGAAGAUAUCAAGACCAAUGGUUAUAGAUCAUUCAACUCGUCUUCACUAUCCCAUGACUCUAUGGAUACUCAAAGAUCUCCAGUCUCUUCAAAAUAUUCAAAGGUCAGUAGCAGGAAGCCAAGUAGUAACGAGGAUGGAG